CCAGCGAAAGGAGCAAACCAUCUUUCAUCAAACGAAUCUUGGAUAUCGAAUAAACGCUAGAGAGCAAGGAUUUGCUGUUCGACCUUGGAUACCAACUCUACGUCCUUCCGUUAACUUUUGACCUUGUGUUCCGUGAAGUCAUUGUAGUACCUGGACAUGAACAAAAAUACAAUGGCUAACGUUAGUGUUGUUUGUGUACUGUUGUUCUGCGUGUACCUCAGAGUAAGUGGUGCUUUGCCAGCCUUCGCCGAUGAUCGCGAUUUUAAUAAAGAACUCUACAUUCGGCAGCUUCCGGAAUGGUUUCGCGAUCAGCCCACGGACUUUCUUAGUGAACCGGUCGUUUUGCCCUUGCUAGCUGCGGCCUACGAGUAUCGACAACCGAUCAACGUUGGUCCUAGUGCGACCCACGUGAAGCGCAACUCUGAGCUUAUAAACUCACUGCUGAGCUUGCCUAAGACGAUGAAUGAUGCCGGCAAGUAAGAUCGUCAACUGCGGCCGUUGCUUGCUGAUGGAGAAGAAUUUUAGUGAAUGAUGAAUGAUUUUAACACGCGAUUCUCAUGAUUCCUUCGUGCUGGAUGAAAACAAGCAAAGGAGCGCAAUCCUGUCUCACGCAUUGCUCGGUUGAUUUAUGGUUUUUGCAGAAAAUUAAAACAGUUUUCCAAGAAUUCGUCGAUGCCCAUUGGUGCUUGUUGCAGUAGAAUAUUUACAGAGUAAAAAAUGUUUCAUAUUGAUGUUAUCGGUGAACUCGGUCUUGAAAAUAUAACCCUUUUGACUGCUUAACUACUAUCGUACUAUCAACUAGAAAACAUGUGCGGUGUGGAAGAUUACUUUUAUGGCAUUAGACAGCCUAACUACGGAGCACGGAAUAAAUAAUGGUUCAGUUGAA